AAAAAGCUUUCACCGGUUUGAUCGGUAAAGUAGCAGUCGGAGAACGCCGGCGUCAUGGCAUCGACAUCAGCUCCUCGAAGCGAGACAGGUUCAUCGAGGAUGAAAUCCGCCGCUUCCACUCUUUGCUACGAUAACCAAACACUCCUUGCUGAUAUUCGAAAAGCUAUGGGUACCAUGAAGGAAAUUGGGGUUAGUCUGGAGAAACAACACAAAAGCCAAAUGGUGAAGGAGCUUGAAGCUGAGUUUAUGGAGUUACUGAAAGCUUAUGAGGAUUGUGCUAAUCUUUCCUCUGCAGUUGAUUCUGUUGGAAAUAUGUAUCGUCCCAAUGAACAGGUUACUGAUUUUAAGAAGCUGCUAGACGAUGAGAUGGCAAAGACAAAACGUCAUUCAUCAUCUGUUCCACAAGUUAAUCAAUUAUUUCGCCAGUUCAGAGAAGCCAUCUGGAAUGUGCAUAAUUCAGGACAACCCAUGCCUGGUGAAGAACAGGAAGAUAUUGUAAUGACUAGUACACAAAGCAUCCUUUUAAAUAUUACUUGUCCACUAAGUGGCAAACCAGUUGGUCAACUCUCGGAACCUGUUCGCAGUAUGGACUGCAAGCAUAUAUACGAAAAAAAGGUUAUCAUGGAGUACAUAAGGUCCAAGCAUGGCCAACCUAAAUGUCCAAUGGCAGCAUGCCCGAAAAAAAUUGUGGCAGAAAGAGUGGUUUGUGAUCCCUUGUUACGCGUCGAAAUUGAGGAAUCUUGCGCAAUGAACAAGCAAACUGUCAGGCCUAAUGUCAUAGAGGAUUUCACAGAGGAUUUAGAACAAGAAGAUUCCGACUGAAGCAGACUUUUAGAAAACUCAAUUGUGAAAAAACCCUAGAUUUAUCAAGUGAUUGGUAUUUGUUUUUCUUGUUGUGUUUGAUUAGUGCUAUUAUGUGGAAAAGAAAUUGCGCAACUAUGAAACCCUUUUUGAC